AUGAAGGCUUACUGGUACGAUAACCUCCCGGGCGACCAGCGCGAGCCCCAUGACUCCGGCCGCGCCGUCUCGCAAGAGAAACUUGCUUCACUAGGCGUGUUCUACGAGCACUGCCCGACGAUCGAGGCUGUGGAUGCCAUUGCAGUGCAGCGCGGGUACCGCAACCGCGACCAGGUGUGCGUCUCGCCGGCCACUAUGGGAGAUAUCUACGAGGAGAAGGUGAAGUCAUUCUUCACGGAGCAUCUGCAUGAAGACGAGGAGAUCCGGUAUAUCCUCGACGGCGAGGGAUAUUUCGAUGUCCGGGGACAGGAGGACGAGUGGAUUCGUAUCUCCCUCGUUAAGGAUGAUAUGAUUAUUUUGCCUGCUGGAAUCUAUCACCGUUUCACUACGAAUUCCCAGAACUACGUUAAGGCUAUGCGUCUCUUCCAGGAUGAGCCUAAGUGGACUCCGCUGAACCGUGGCGCGGAUGUUGAUACCAACCCGCACCGGAAGACCUACUUGGAGAACGUUGUUAACCCUACUGCGGCUGUUUAA